AUGUCGUCCGAUCUCGGUUUUAUUCUGAUCACCACCGUCACUGCAGCGUUUUUGUCUUAUUCGACCAAUGCCUUGCUACAUUCUGGGAGUGACUCUCAUGGCGUUUCCCCUAGAGACUAUUACUUGACUACCGAUGCGCAUUGGUUUAAUCAAACCCUAGAUCAUUACUCUCCUCACGAUAAUCGCAAAUUCAGACAGAGAUACUAUGAAUAUUUUGACAACUUCCGAGCUCCAGAUGGUCCUGUCUUUAUGAUAAUAUGCGGUGAAGGUCCUUGCAGUGGCAUAGCUAAAGAUUAUAUGAGUGUAUUAGCAAAGAAAUUUGAAGCUGGUGUGGUUUCAUUAGAACAUAGGUACUAUGGGAAAAGUCAUCCUUUUACCUCAUUAGAUACGGAGAAUCUGAGAUACCUUUCAUCCAAACAAGCCCUUUUCGAUUUGGCUGCUUUCCGUCAACAUUACCAGGCAGCUUUGAAUGUUAAGUUGAAUAGAAGUAGUGGUAGUAGUGACAACCCGUGGUUCUUCUUCGGGGUUUCUUAUCCUGGAGCUUUAAGUGCUUGGUUCCGGCUCAAGUUCCCUCACUUGACCUGUGGAAGCCUUGCUAGUUCUGCAGUUGUUCAUGCUGUCUAUGACUUCUCUGCAUUUGAUCAGCAGAUUGGUGAAUCAGCUGGUCAAGAAUGCAAAGCUGCACUUCAAGAGACUAAUAAACUCCUGGAAGUAGGGCUCAAAGUAAACAGAAAGGCGGUUAAAGCCCUCUUUAACGCCACUGGGCUUCAUGUUGAUGCUGAUUUCUUAUAUUUAACCGCAGAUGCAGCGGUUAUGGCGUUCCAAUAUGGAAAUUCAGAUAAACUAUGUGUCCCGCUUGUUAAAGCAAAGAAGAACGGUAGUGAUUUAGUGGAAACAUAUUCUAAAUAUGUUAGAGACCAUUGCAUGAAAGAUUGGGGCCUACACGUUAGACCAUAUAACCGGAAACACCUGAAAAACACUGUUAUUACCGCCGAUAGUACAUAUCGGAUAUGGUGGUUCCAAGUUUGCACAGAACUAGCAUAUUUCCAGGUGGCACCUACAAAUAGUAGCGUUCGAUCUCAGCAAAUCAAUACAGAGUACCAUUUGGAUUUGUGCAAGAGCCUUUUCGGUAAAGAUACAUAUCCUGAAGUUGAUGCAACAAACCUGUACUAUGGAGGCCAUAAAAUCGCGGCAACCAAAAUCAUUUUCACAAAUGGGUCACAAGAUCCAUGGCGUCAUGCUUCCAAACAGACCUCAUCUCCUGAAUUGCCUUCUUACACCAUGGAUUGCCAUAACUGUGGCCAUGGAACCGAUCUACGAGGAUGCCCCCAAUCUCCAAUGGUCAUUGAAGGUAAGUCAAAUAAUUGCAGCUCACCAGAUGUUGUAAACAAUGUGAGGCAACAGAUGAUAGAACAUAUCGAUUUGUGGUUGUCUGAAUGUCGCGGAUCUACUAGGAGUUCUAAGUAACGUUGCAUCACAUAAGUUAUGUUUUGGU